AGCUCGAGUUCGAUAAAUAGACGACGAGUCGGCAAUAAAAUAGAGGUUCGAAUCGGGCUCAAAACCGGAGUUCGAGUUUACUGGCAUUCGCUCGGCUCGUUUAGCGUAUAAUGAUAAUAAUAAUUGCUGUUUUGCCGGAAAAUUCCAGAAGUUGAAUUAUUCGAUAAUCCGUUUUCUCCACUCUCACAGUCUCGAGUUCUCUCUCUCUCCAUAUUCAUCUUCAAAAUUCUCUGUUUUCUUCAUGCAUCCGCCAUGACCAUCGCAUCAAUUUCAGUUCUCCGCCAGAAGCUACCGCCAUUCCUCUCCACGGCGUUCAUCCACCAGCAGCGCUUCAUCUCCGCCGUUCAAAACCCUAUCAAUGCCAGAAAGCAGCAGCAGCAGAAGCAGCAUCAACCGAACAAAAACGUGCUCAGAGCUCGAGAGACCUUCAAAAAGCAGUUCUCCUCCCUGGCGCCGCUCCUCUCCCCCGACGAGAAGCCGCCACUGACGGAUAAUCAGGCGAUCGGCACGGUCGUUUCGUCGCAGGCUAAUUUCAUGCGCGUGGUCGUGAAUUCAGCGUCGCAGUCGGAGGAUUGGGGAAGUUUGGGGAUGGAGCUGCUAUGCGUGGUGAAGGAAGUGCUGAAGAAGAUAAAGAGGCGGGUUUUGGUUGGGGAUAGGGUUCUGGUAGGGGCGAUUGAUUGGGUGGAUAAAGGAGGCCGGAUUGAGAAUGUAUUUGAGCGGAAGAGCGAGAUUUUGGAUCCACCGGUGGCGAAUGUGGAUCAUUUGCUCGUGCUUUUCUCAAUUGAGCAGCCGACAAUCGAGCCGUUUACUCUUACUAGGUUCCUUGUGGAGGCUGAAUCAACUGGAAUUCCGCUCACUCUUGCGCUGAACAAAGUAGAGCUCGCUGAGGAAGGGACUCUGAAGGAAUGGAAGUCUCGGCUUCGUCAUUGGGGCUAUGAACCAGUGUUUUGUAGUGUUGAUACCAAACAAGGCCUUGAUACCCUGCAAUUUAUUUUGAGAGAGCAGACCUCUGUAAUUGUCGGUCCUAGUGGUGUUGGUAAAUCAAGUUUGAUCAAUGCUUUAAGGGGCAAUAGAAGUGUUCUUGGGGCUGUUGAAGAUGAUAAUUGGUUUGAACCUACUCUAGGCAGCAAAUGGUUUGAAGAGCAGCGUGUUGGAGAAGUGUCAACAAGGAGUGGGAGAGGAAAACACACUACUCGAAAUGUGUCACUCCUUCCAUUAUCUGGAGGAGGAUAUCUUGCGGAUACCCCUGGCUUUAAUCAGCCUAGUUUGAUGAAAGUAACAAAGCAGUCCCUUGCACAAUAUUUCCCGGAGAUUCGGAAAAUGCUGGAACAGGAUGUGACUGGGAAGUGUUCUUUCAGUGAUUGCUUGCAUAUUGGCGAACCUGGGUGUCUAGUCAAAGGAGACUGGGAAAGAUUCUCGUACUAUGUUCAACUGCUCGAUGAGAUUAAGGUUAGAGAGGAGUUUCAGCUCAGGACAUUUGGAACUAAAAGAGAGAGUGGUGUGAGGCUCAAGGUUGGAGGAUUGGGUGUGAAGCAAGCUGAACCAAGAUUAGAACCCAAGAAACACAGGAGGCAAUCACGUAAGACAGUAAACCAGUCCAUACUAGACGAGUUAGAUGAUGAUGACGACGACAACGAAACACUGGAUAGUGAAAAUCCCAUUCUGAGGGCAAUGAAAGAUGAAAAUAAAUGAGGCAACUCAGGUAUUACAGAAUAGCUAUACAAUAGCUAUACGUUGUAAAUAGACUUCCACUUUCCUGAGCAAGGUGGCUCAAGCAGUCAAGUGAAUGAGAUUAGUAGUGUUCAUAGUGAUAAGGCUUCACGACUCAUCUUUUUGUAUCUCGAAGAAGGAUACCUUUCAUUUUCUUUUUGGUAUAUAUCGAAUUAGAAGAUGAUUUCUAUUA